UUAUCUCAAUACCGAACCGUUAAACAGAGCGAAAUCUUGGAGGGGGGAGGGAGCGGAGGGGAGGAAGACGGUCUCAUUAUCUGCUCUGUGCUGUGCCUGUGGCAGCUGGCCGGCCCGUACAUUAAUAGAUUACAUUGAGGAUUUGCGAUUGUUAACAGCGAAGGGGGCUUGAGCUGCCUACAUUCGGGGGGAAAGGCCGCCGCGGCUCGCUGCUCCAGCGGAGGACGCGUCUUUGGAAGGGAACUGCACUUUUUUCUCCCCCCCAUCCCCUCCUGCUAGCACAUUUUCUGGCCAGCCCAGGUUGCUGCCGCGUUAGCCAGCGCACGCCCCAGGCCCUGCCGGCAUGGAUGAAUGGGACGUCCCGCAGUGGAAGAAGGAAGUCGACAGCCUGAAAUACCAACUGGCUUACAAGAGGGAGAUGGCGUCAAAGACAAUACCCGAGCUGCUCAAGUGGAUAGAAGAAGGCAUCCCUAACGACCCGUUUCUGAACCCAGAGCUGAUGAAAAACAACCCGUGGGUGGAAAAGGGCAAAUGCACCAUCCUCUGAUGCAUCUCCAUCCAGGUCACCACCAACCUGCAACCACUGACAAAUGGCUUCCUACUGAGAUAUUCAAUCUUGCAUUAACACUGAAUGUACAUUUUUUUUUUAUUAGCUUCCUAAUAUGACUAACUGAACCGACCCUAUCCUCACCUUGUCUUGUUAUCUUUAUUAGUAGAAGGGGCUCUUUUAUACCAGGGAACUGAGAAAGCACAAGCCGCCGAGGCACCUUGGUAGGAGACGCGCUGUUAGAGAGACGUACGGAUUGGCAGGAUCAAAAACAGGAGGCUCGAUAGUAAUAGCAAGCAAACAAAGCACCUCUCUUGACCCAUUAAACUUCCAUUGAACAAUGCUGGCAUUUCUGUAAAAAGAAAACAAAGACCUUACACAGCCUUUUUGAACUUGUAAAGGAAAAGGAAAACAAAAAAAAAAGAUCUUUUAUAACACAAUUUUCAAUGGUUUUCAAUACUUUUUGUAUAUUGUAGAAUAUACAAUUUUGCAGCGAAGAGACAAAUACGAGAACUAAGGGUUUAUACAUGAAAUAAAACCGAGCAAUUACUUCA